CUGUUUGAUGAAAGGAAGAGAGCUUACAGUCCGCGCAGUGUUUGAAAGCCAUUUCAAAAAUGGGACAAGAGCAUCACGAAGCAACGGAGGGUUUGGUGAGGCUGCUGACGAAAGCGAACCACGAUCUGACAGCGGUUCAACACAGGCUCGACAAGGAAUUUCAACAAAUCUAUCCCCAAAAUGCAAACCCGAUGAAGCUGGUUUCCAGAAUUAAGAAAAUUCAGCAAGACUUGUCCACUUUGGAAGACCAGUGCCGUCAACUGCUAACAGCCAAGCAGGAUUUGAUUGACAAGGCUAGGACCACUCUCGUCGGCAACAGAAAUCUUGUGCAGCGGAUGGAGGCUUCCAUGGGCAUCUCUCCCAACACUGAUUCUGAUGAUUCUGCUUUUGCCAACUUCAAUCUGAUCAUUGAUGAGUGGAAAGUCCAAGCUAGAUCAAAAGCAGAUGAUGAGGUUGACGCAGAUGUGGGCGACAUUAAUACGUUACUGUUUUCAACUAUAGUUUCAAGCAACUGAAAAGUGUAUUGUGGUGGGAGAAGUAGCUUGUUUUCCUAUGGCAAGCUAUACGCAGCCAAUCUAAAGCGUCAAAAACAUGUUGAUUUCGAAUAUGUGUCUCAAGUGUGAAUCUGACUGGAAUGAUUUGUGCAUUUUUUUAUCAAA